AUCAAUCGUUGAAACCAUAAUUGCGAGAUUAUCUUCAUAUUUGAGUUAAUUUUUCCAACUGUAAAUUUGGAGUAUGUAUACAUCUAUAAGGUGAUAUUAAUAAGUAAUAAUUUUAAAUACAAUUUGACAUUUUUGGGCUUUAUCGGUACAUGGGUAUUUUAGAUAUAUUGGGGAAAGGUUUGGUGACUUAUAAAUAAAUAUAGCGAUUAAAUGUCUCUUCUUAAGAAAAGUGUUACAGUAAAACCGUUACUAAUCAUUGUAAACAUAUAUUACAAAUAAAACCUAGUGGUUUAAUAAAAAUUUAGUACACUUGUAAAUAUUCAUAGUCGAAGUGCUUAAAUUUAAGGUUGGUAGAGGGUAAAAUAAUUUUUACAGAUACAUACAUCUUAUCAUAAUAAUAUGCACAUAGCGACGACAUGGAUGCUUAAAUAUACGACAGUCGUAUUUAUGUUUACAAUUAGACAUUUAGAAAGUCGGGAAAGCACCAAGUGGACGAAAUUAUUUUUCGGCAACUUGAAUGUAUCGGCAUCUACAAACUCAUUCGUUGCAUGGCCCUGAUAAUCAGUAUAAUUUCAUCCAAAUCGUUCAAAGCAGGAAACUGUAAUCUUGUUACGUCAAUUGAAAAAAAACUGAAAAUUAUUAAUGUCGAGCAUAAGUUCAAUUGAAUUUUUUUAAGUUAUCUGAAUUCAAAUUUAAGUGGAUUCGUUAUCAUAAAGUCAAGCAGUAAGACUUGGCGUCCCUCAAUAACUCUGAGUAGUGUGGGGUGAGAUCGGCCUAUUUAGUUCGGAGUCUAAACGCAUUUCCUCCAGAAUUAGUUCCCGUGUAGAAUGUGACCUCUUGAAUAAAACCAAUUGCGAAAUAGGUGGCAAAGAAAAAUAAUCGCAAGAGGAACAUUGUGAUGAUAUUUGUUCUGUUAGUGGACUUAUGACGUUGUUAACAACUGGUUGGAUUUUAUACGGAUUAUUAUUGCGUAAUACCGUCUGCGAUGGGGCAGUGUGUAGUGUUACCUGUGUCAGGGUAAUACAUGCACCGAGUUGAUGUUCACCUCAGAUAAUUGACAAACAUAUCUAGGGAAUUUAUACGCGAUGGAAUAUAAUAAUUAUGUAAUGGUCAGGUUUACAUAAUUGGCUUGUGUUGUCUUAAAAUGUCAAUUCUGUAAGUGUUUGUAGAUAACGACUUAUACAUAUAUUCAAAGCGAUAUCUUCCUCCUCUUAUAAAUUAAUUGAUUUGUAAUAUAAUAAUAAUUAUUUUCUGUUCUACAGAAUUCUACUGUGGCGUCCGAGUGUGAAUUACCAUAAUGGCUGUAAUUACCGGUAACCCAAGGCCCACUGAAUGGAUUGGAGUAGGUCUUACCCUAAGGAUAUCCCCUACCUUGUAUUAGGCAUUAUCAAACCCUACGCGCACAAGUGACGAUUUCAUGAAGGCAAACGUGCUGGCAAAUUCCGAUUUCUUGCCGAUGUCAUGGGUGCAACAAAACUUACACCGCUUCGGUACCGAAUAAGUACUAUAUUUGGUUGUACCUCCAAUACUGACACACCUUCAGUAUAAAUUCGGCACCGGUUUGUUGGUAUACAGCCUACACCGUUCAUAUGGUACCUAUCUAGUACUGGUAAAUAUCGGUGACGAUUUUUAAGUCACCCAAUCGGUACUGGCUCGGCAGCUUGAUUUUUGUACACAUAACAAGAGUACCUGUCACGUACCGGCCAGUUACCGAUCAGGGAUUGAUGAGACUGUAAAUUGGCGGGGGUCUCAAUCCAUCAUCUGCAGUGACGAGUUAGAUUGCACGUUGCGAAUAAAAACCAUAAAUAUGGAUUUAAAAAAGUUCUCUGUUGUCCAUUUCGUCGACGAAAACAGUUAUGAAGUUAUCCCGUCGACUUGGAUAACCCCGGACCAAACGCGUGGUUCGUUUCCGUCAAAUAAACCGAAAGGGCUGCAAAAAUUACAAUCUACACCUGACUCUCCUUACAAUUCUGCUUGGCCAUUGUGGAACAUAAAGAUAAUCAAGACUUAUGACAAAUAACAAGAAGGCUGGAAGUGUGGUCAAAGGACUCGAAACUAGUGACAUUGAACAGGUGAGGAAGUCUCGACGUAACAUUCCACCACAAUUACCGUCGGAACAAAUAAUCGAACCGGAUUCAAAUUUAGGAGAAUCGGCCAAACUAAAUAAUUUCCUGACAUCAGACCAGGAAGAAGGUCGACAGCAUGAACGACGUGAGGUUCACGAUAAUCCUCAGUCUCUAAGUGAAGCACCCGGAUCAGGUCAGAAACUCUUUCUGCAAGUCCACAAUCCGGAUGUUACGCAACUCCAAGAAGAAUUUCGUCGAUUCCAAGAGGAAUCUCUUCAUAACCAAGCCGAAUUGUUGGUUCGAAUUAACGAUUUAACAAAAUUAGUUAAGCAAGUACUUUCGGCAACUGGUACUGUUCCGUCCCCUUCAACAUGGCCAUUAAGAACAUUGGAGGAUUUUAAAACUGUGGACGAAUUAAUUAAAGAUCCGAAAAAUUUUGCUGCCGAGUUCAAAGCAUUGACAAAGAUUCGUGGAGGAUCUUUAUUAAACCAUAUCUAUUCGACACUGGGUUCGAUAUUUGCUCAUGAGUUAGCACUUCAGAUAAGGUGGACUGAUGCUUCGGGAAAAGUUCAACUCCAAGGGUCAGAAUUGGCGAGACUUGUUAGAGAGGCGGUAAAGUUUACUCGAGAGGAGGACCAAGACGCGACCGACAAGAACAUUAACUCAAUAAUUGCAAAAUGGUUCCGACAAUCCCCUGAUCGGAAAGGAGGCAGCGGAUCUAGGAGAAACGUUAGCAGCGAUGGAAACACCGAGGAGAACCAUGGAGAGGAAAAUACAGAAGAAGGUGCAGGCGUCACUUCUGAAAAUCAGGCAGGCAACUUGUUGUAGUGUUGACGCACAUGAAAAUAAUUUAGACAGUAUGGAGGUUAUCGACUCACACGAAAAUAAUUUAGAUAGCGUGGAUGUUUUUAACGAUUCAAGUAGUAGUAGUGUAACUGAUUCACCUCCUAAUUAUUUAAUUAGCCAACAAAUUACAGAUGAUUUAGUUGAUGGCCCAGUAUUAGGAAUAGAAUUAGAGGCAUACCGCUCUAUAACUGUAUCAAAAAAGUCGCAACUAGUGAAUUGGGCAUUGACACAUAAUGUUACCCACUCAGCUCUAUCUGAUUUAUUAGGUUUAAUUAGAAAUUGGCUUCCUAAUGAUAAUUUUCCAGUUGACCCCAGAACACUUCUCCAAUCCCCUAAACAAAUAACUUUAGUCCCUCUCGGUGCUGGGGAAUUUUUCCACUUCGGUAUAACUCCCCAUAUAAAUUCCUUUCUGAACCAACAAAAUUUGUUCAGCUUUUCACUGCCAAAAUUUGAUAGCUUAAAUUGUUCUAAUCUAUUGACCAUAACUAUUGGCAUCGAUGGGCUUCCUAUUUCAAAGAGCUCAACGUACGAAUUUUGGCCCAUUCUUGGACGAAUUGACCAAGAUAAAACAUCACAAGUUUUUGUGAUUAGUUUAUAUUGUGGACUUAAAAAACCAGACAAUAUCGAAAGUUUUUUGGGCCCCUUUGUUAAUGAAAUGAAUAGUUUAGAACAAAACGGAUUACAAUUUAACAAUACACUCUUUAAUAUUAGAAUUCGCUGCAUUGUUGCCGAUGCUCCUGCUCGUAGUUUUGUGAAAAACAUAAAAACGCACAACGCAUAUUUUGGAUGCGAACGAUGUUACCGGCGUGGGAAAUGGUAUCGAAAUAGAGUAACAUAUCCAAUUAAAAAUAAGGCUGAUGCGUAUACAAAUGAUUCGUACAGGCAACGGUGGUACCAAUCUCACCAUAAGGGCACCUCGCCUUUAGAGAUUUUAAAACUGGACAUGAUUUUUCAGAUUCCACUCGACUACAUGCAUUUAGUUUGCUUAGGAAUCAUGAAAAAAUUGUUAACUGUUUGGGUGGAAGGACCGCUUCCUCACAAACUUUCCGUUAAACAAGUAAGGUUGAUUUCAAAUAAACUUGAGGCAUUUAGAAAAUAUAUUCCAUCAAAUUUUAGUAGGAAAUGUAGAGGUUUGGAUCAACUUCGUCAUUUCAAAGCUACAGAAUAUCGAACAUUUUUAUUGUACAUAGGGCCAUUUUCAUUAAAAAGGGUUUUGACUACAGAAAAAUUCGAUCAUUUUCUACAUUUACAUACAGCUAUGUAUAUAUUAGCAACUGAAACCCAAUCUAAUGAAUGGCUUAACUUUGCAGAACAAUUAAUAGAUAAAUUUGUUUCACUAAUUCCAAAGCUAUAUUAUAAAGAAAUGAUGGUGUACAAUUUUCACAGUUUAACUCAUAUCACUGACGAAGUUAGAAUUCAUGGCUGUUUAGAUAGAUUUAGUGCUUUCGAAUUUGAGAGUUUCAUGCAAAAAAUUAAGCGUCUUUUAAGAAGCAAUUCUUGUCAUUUAUCCCAGGUGGUCAAGCGUCUGGAAGAAAUUACUCGAAAUAAUUUUAAUCACACAACUGCUGCUGGUAAUUUUACGCGAGGCAAAUCUCUAUCAAUUAAUGAUAGAGAUAACUGCUAUUUAACAGACGAUGGCAGAUAUUGUAUUAUUAAAUGCCUUAACCCUUUAUGUGUACAGUAUUUAGAUGUAUGCGAUAUUAAGUGGUAUAAAACUCAAAGUUCUAAAUUAGGCGUUUGUAAAGUUUUUAAAUUAUGUGAAACUGUGGAAAUUCAUAUUAUAAAAUUAAGGAGAAAAUGUAUGUUUUUAAGGAAAGUAGAUAGUGAUCUAGGGUAUAUUGUUCCGUUAUGCAAUUCUGAUUGUUGUAAGUAGAUUAUAUAUUUAUACUCUAUAAAUUGUGAAUUUGUUCUUUAACAUAAUAAAUAUGUAAACCAUU